AUGGGGAUCCUACUCGACAGCAAGCUGAGCAUGAAUCAAGAGGUAGAAGCAAGGAUCGAAAAGGCCAAGAAAGCCGCUAAAGACUACACCGAAACGGUCAAGAACAUCCCGCCCUCUAUGAUUAAUGUCGCAGUCAAGAUACGGGGAGCAUGCGCGAUUAUACUACCACACCUAGUCUACCUAUGGAGGGAAAUCCCUUUCACACCGGCCCAGAGAUCUACCCUAACCGACGUCGCCACACAACUACUCGCUAAAGUAUUUAGUAACACUAGCGGGGUGACUGCCACCUCUAUACAACGACAUGUAAGCGAAUUGACCAAAGGACUAACACCCAGGUACAAGGAAAUAGCAGCUCUCGACUACCUGAUGCCAAAGCCGCUGGUAAGAGACAUAACUAAGAACACAGAGGAACAGCAAGAAGAGACAAAAGGAACCGACAUCUUGUAUGCCCGCUCCGACCAAAGAAUAGAGACCCUCCCGGACAAGGGCCCUGCCAGGCAAAAGACUCGAAUACCCAAGCUGCAGAUACCAAACGGAGACGUAGAAACCAAUUUCUUCAGCCCAAGAGAGGAGCCACACUAUGAAGAAACCAGAGAGGUCUUCACCACGGCACUCGAAACCUCACCACCUACGCCAGGCUUCGGUCAGGACAAACACCACCCCAAUGCCGAAACGAUGACACUGCGCCUGAACACUAUUCGUGAUGUCGAGACUACACAAUUGACAUGCCCAUACUGUGGCGUGACAAAAACCACUAAACAAGCGACUAGAGCACAUUAUACAACUGCCCAUCCUGGAAUGUAUAGACCACCACCGGACGACCCCUGCUACUGUGCAGCAUGUAGAAGGGUCAUGACCAAGACAUACUUCCGGGACCACCGUUGCAGAAAACCACCGAAGAAUGAAUUUGACUCUAUAGAAUGCCCAGGGUGUCAAAACCACUACCAAAACCCCGAGCUAUCUACACAUAUGAUUCACUGUAUCCGACUAGAGGGAACUCUGACCCCCUCCAAACCCAACACUGGCGCCUUUGAAUUCGCUAAGAAACUACGAGACCUACUGAAACCAACAACCACAAAGAAAGCAGCUUCCCCAACCCAAAUAACUGCCCCUGACCAGACUAUUGCACAGGCAAGGCAAGGCCUUCGACCGCACACACCAAGGAAAAUGGAACAGAGUAACAAGGGUUUGAAACAACUGCCGACGGAAGCCAACAAUAACCCAGCGACCACCAUUAAAGAGCUAGUGAAGAAAAUGAGGACUGAUACCGAGGAAGCUAUAAGAACUGAGCAAUCAACCUGCAGACAAUGCAACAAAGAGCUGAAAUCUAACCAGGCACUGAGGCGGCACGAAGCCCUAUAUCAUCCAGGGACUGCCAGACCUAAGGGACUGCCGGCCCGUUGUAUCGGAUGUAACACUACCUUCAAGACCGCCACCACCUAUGUCAAGCACAAAUGCUCUGGAACCAUGGAGCAGGAGCUUGCCGCGAAACACUGCCCAGAAUGUAAGGAAGCAGAACUCUGUAAUCCAGACUACUCAGUGCAUCUACUCAGACAUGAGAUUAUUCACGACGAAGCACUAGACGAUGCCACUCUAGCCCAAGACCAGAAAAUAUUUGAUCCAUAA